AAAAUUUAUUUGCUUUUCAAAGCUCGCAGCUAUAUGUUUUACAUGUUUGUUUCAAAGAUUCUUCUUUCCUGAUAACUUCUUAAAUAUUGUUAAAACUGUCUUAGAUACAGCGACGCAAAAUAUUGUUAAAAUCCUUACCAGUGGAUGCUGACGUAAUUAUCGUAAGAUUUUGGUGCUGUUUGUUUGAAAUUGUUGCACGAGGUCUUGUUGUGUUUUCGAAGCACCAUUAGUGCGGUUGGAAUAUGGUUAGGAUAACGGCUGAAAUUGUUGAGAAUGCACCACAGUUUACCAAUGCUAUCAAAGAUCGUGAACUUGACCUUCGAAGCUACAAAUUUCCUGCCAUCGAAAACUUGGGAUGUACAUUAGACCAAUUUGAUACUAUCGAUCUUUCAGAAAAUGAAAUCAGAAAACUUGAUGGCUUCCCGCUGUUGAAGCGCUUGAAGUCCAUAAUACUCACAAAUAACAAGGUCGGAGCCUGUUUUCAGUUAGGCGUUAUCACCAUAGUACUCAGCAUCCAAGCUGUCACACCUGGUCUGCAUGUUGAAAAUUAUAAAGAUGGAACACAAAUCUAUGCAUAUGAAACCAAUGGUUGUAGAAGGCUGCAACACUAGGCAUGAAAAGAUUAACUAACUGAAGAAAGAUAAAAUCAUGACGAUGUGGCAGUGGUUUCGUCGAACUUGAGUGAUUCUAUGAAGAUAAUCGUGCUGGAAUAAUCGAAGGUGUAUUGUACUCUACCUCACUUGACCAUGCUUAUCCACCGUAGAGAGUAACAGCUCGCAAUUGCUCGGUACGCUUGAAUGUUGCAUGCACUUGGAAUAUGUGAUUUGCAAGAUUGCUCGCAUCGCUGAGGACUUUGGUCAGCAGUUACCCAACCUUGUGACUCUUAUUCUGACUGGUAAUUACCUUUCGGAUCUCAAGGAUUUGGAUCCUUUAUCAACAUGUGAGAAGUUGAAUUUUCUGAGCCUACUUCAUUGUCCUGUCACAAUGCGCGCUAAUUACCGACUUUAUGUAAUCAGUCGCGUCUCUUCUAUUCGAUUUCUGGAUUACCGUCGUGUUACACAAGCUGAGCGUAAAUUAGCCCGAUCAAUGUUUAAACGCCUUCCAGUUCUGUCAAACAGUAUCAGUAAUGUAAAGGCGCCAUACCAAAAAGCUAAUGUUCCGCGUACAGAAAACUCAAAUGCUACUACUGGUACUGUUAAAACAUUCAUCCCUGGUGCUCCGAUUAAUUCAAACGAUCUUGUACCCCCUGGGACUGAAGCAGUUCGAAUGGAUGAUGAACAACAUCAUGUUAAUGAAAGCAAAGAAAACAAUGCACCUAGUUCGAAUACAUCAGUAGAAAAUAAUCACGGUGAAUCAGGCAAAUCUGAUUCAACUGUAACCAGUUCAAGUGACACUCCUAUGCCCCCACCAUCCAAUCCAGUCACAACAGGCAAUAAACGUACAGUUGCAUCAAAUCAAGACUUAUUUGCUAUACAAGAAGCAAUAAAACGUGCACGUACUAUGGAUGAAGUUGAACGUCUUCAUCAAUUGCUUAGUAGUGGUCAGUUUGCAGGAUUUGCAGUUCAAUGGCAAAAACAAUUAAGGCAACAGCAACAGCAGCAACAACAACAAAAAGCCUCACAAUAAUAUGUGUAUAAAUAUGUUGCUGUGAAGCUUUACUCACUGGUCAUGUCUCAGUGUUUGUACAUUGCACCAUUAUACAUACAUACUUUUUUCUCUUCUUAAACUAAUGUAACUCUAAUUAUGAUGCCGUUAUCCUUCUGAAAUAGUUACUUAACUUUAUUUUUACAACAACAACAAUAAAUGCAUAAUCCUUUGAAGCCUAUUUUGUGACUUUCUAGAGACUAAUAUUCGUAGUAUAACAACAGAAGACAAGGGCCGGCAACAGAUCGUUUUAUUACGGAAAUCAACACGUAUUUAUAUACAUAUUUCCUGUACAUUAUUAUAG